GAACCACCAGACCCUACAACAACCUCAGACGUUUCAUUGCUCACCAGGCGUGCACGCGUCCGUGAGUGUGCUCCCACCACUUUCCUCUUCUCCGCGGACUCAUUUCGGAUAUCUCCCGCUCUCUUCACCCACCCCUUUCACGUUACUUUUCGGACUAUAUUACUCGUCUGAUGGUGUCCACCGAUGCCGAGAGAUGGGGAAACUACACUCGAAACAUGCCGCUAUUUGUAAAGCGAGAGAGAGCCCCGAAGGCGACAGCUUUGUCGUUAAUGCCUGUUUGGCUCGGAAGGGACUGGACGACUGGCUGGUAAAGCAGCAGGACUGUCAUCUCAAGACCAAGUGCGCGUUGACCACCCGGGGCUCCAUAAAUGAAGCUCAGCAGAUGGGUGAUGAGCACUACCGCUUAGAAGUGGCUCUUCCUCCGGAGAAGACAGACAGCUGCUGCUUGGAGGACAAGAUGAUGCAGGAGCGGGAUGGCAAGCAGGUCCAGUUUGAAGAGCUGGAGUGCGCUGUGUCCAUGGAGGAGGAUAACCGUCAGGAGUGGACGUUCACCCUCUAUGACUUUGACAACAACGGGAAAGUCACCAGAGAGGACAUCACAAGUCUCCUCCACACCAUAUACGAAGUGGUGGAUGCCUCUGUCAACCAUUCUCCCAGCAGCAGUAAGACCUUGCGGGUCAAGUUGUCGGUGGCGCCAGACUCUAGCCAGAGAUGGAGGAGUUGCACGCAGGGCAGCGCAGAUGCGUCCCACCCAAGGGAGAGAAAUGACAAGUGCGUCGAAGACCCCAAGGGCGCAGACAAGAAAAGUCGAGCGCUGAUCCGGCGCCACCACAGCGACCAGCACGGCCACGGCCAGCCGGGCAGCCAGCGCCACUGCGUGGACGAGAACCUGGAGCGACGGAACCACUAUUUGGACCUGGCUGGCAUCGAGAACUACACAUCCCGCUUUGGAACGGCGACCACAGAGCAGACCAAGGUAGAACCCCAGACCCGGUCUUCCAACCAGAGCCGCUCUAGAUCCCACGAGCCAGAGAACGGCCACUCCCAUCAUUCGCAGCCCCACCAUCAUCGCCGUUUGCAAGCUGCCACAGAAGUCAGCCCUCCGGAGGGCCUCAAUCUCGGUCGGACACGAGGCCAAGACUCUGCAAAAGCCGCCGUUCGCUCCCCCAAGACCCACAGCCGCACCCCCCCUGCUCAGCUCAGCGGCCGGGUGAUGCGGAGCAGGGGUCUCCCAGCUCCCCCGGUACUCCCCAGCCAGACGCCCCCUCACCAGUCGGCCGCCCCUUACCGCAAGCACAAGCAGCGCUCCAAGGACCACCAGGCAUGCCGGACACUCGGCACCCUGGUGGGGCCCGGAGUGGAGAAGGAGCAGGUGAGGGAGAUGCCCGGGGUUCUGCUCUACGAGGGCCGGCUGGCGCAACUUGUGCAGCGGCACGAGCACCACCAUCACCACGAACACCACCACCACUAUCACCACUUCUACCAGUCUUGAACACCCACCCCACUUUGAGACCCUCUUAGAAAUUCUUUGACAUAGGAAGAGGUGAGGGGGGCGGGGGGUUGACCAAGGUAGUUGAGUUGGGAUUAGAGUGCUGCCACUACCACCUUGAACAUCACCAUUGCCACCAUCGCUUCUCCUAGUACCGGUCUCCUGUCCAGCUUUGUGAUGCUUAGGGAACCGCUCUUACCACUUCUUCAACAGCCACCCCGCUUUGGCACCCUUAAGGUCGAAACCACCUCCCCUGAGUGUCUGCCCAUGUUAGGACCUGUUGGAAACAUCCUGGACACAGAAAGAAAGUGCUUUUGCUCAUCAAGAACGAUGCCCCACUUGGGGUCCCUGCCCUGAUGGAGCUUCUUCAACACAGGAAGUAGGGGUGGACCCGCAAGAGUACCACCACAAUCCCUUUCGCCACUUGGACCAGUUCUGAAGGGCCACGCCACUUGGGGACCCUUUGUUAACCUCUUUGAUACAGAAACAUUGGGAGGACCCACGGGAGUGGGACCAUCACCAUUUUACAAUCCUCAAUGGCUUCUCCACCCUGUGGCCUCUGGGGAUCUUCCUUGACACAAGAAAUGCGGACCCAAAUAUUGAGGGUGACAUAGGAAGUCAAAGGGGAUGAGGGGCCGAGAUAAAUCAGUGUUAUUAACCUAUUAGAGGACUCAGGACUAGGGUACUGAGGAGGAUCAUGGCUGGGACCACAGAGGGACCCACCGUUUAUUAAGCUAGUAGCCCUUUUUUUUUUUUUACAUGGUUGUGGUGCCCAUGUUGGUUUGGUGCCAGGGCCAGCCCAUCAGAACUUUUCCAGACCACUAAGCCAAGAGGCCGAAGCAAGACUUUGAUGUAGGGAUGAACACUUAUGAAGGAAGCUGUGUGUGUGCGUGUGUGUGUGUGCGCGCGUGUGCGUGUGUGUGCGUGCGCGUGUGUGUGUGUGUUGCGACACUUGUGUCUGUCAAAAAAAAAACAUUCUGUGGCCGUGCAAGUAUUUAAAGUGGAAAAUGAAGAAUCCGAUUUGAGUAUCCCGAAAUGUUGGAAGGAAAAUGCUGAGGAAAAAAAAAAUCCAGAAUCUGCUGCUACCUCUAAUUUAAUCCUAAUUUUCACUUUUUUUCAUUUAUUUUUUUCAAUCUGCAGUAGCGCUCGUUACCUUGACUAACUCUGACUGUAUAUAAGGUAUAUAUAUAUCUCUAUAUAUUGUUAUUAAUUUUUAUAAGCUUUAUUGAUAAUGUGACAACUUUGCAUCGACGCUGUAAAAGUGUUUUUUGCUUCCACUUUUGUACGACUGUGUAGAAUCCUUUUGUAUUACAGUGACGCCCUCUCUCUCUUUCCUCAUCUCUUUCUGGUUUAAUCUCGCAUGCCCAUCUAUUUACACUUUUAUCCCACAUGAUCACUGUUUUUUUUUUGUCUUCCUUUUUUUCACAACCAAAUGACUUAAAGUCCCAACUCUCAACAGUGUUUUGACAAAUAACGCAAUUCGCAUUCAAGAGCAAAUUUUUGCUUGACUUCAAAGGACAUCAGCGGGAUCGUAGCAGCGUGAGCAAAAAUAAGGACAAAAAUAACACAAAAGCAAUAACAAAAAAAGAGAAAAUAAUUUUAUACAUUAUUAAAGGGAGGGAUGGAAAAGUUAAAACCCAUUUGUGGCUCAUAGGUGCGUGUGUGCGCUUGUGUUCAUACGUCCACAAAAACAAUCUUUCAUUGUGCUUCCCCACAAUUCAUAGUUUGAAAAAUGAAAGAAAAUAAUUACAUUGUCUGUCAUGGUUGUUCUUAAAUACAAAAAUACAAUUACAUGGAAACGGUUAAAAUGUUCCGUUCAGGUUGUACCCCGUCUACCGCUCGGUCAAUUGGGAUAGGCUCCAGCAUGCUUGCGACCCUCGUGAGGAUCAGUGGUACGGAUAAUGGAUGUGUGGUUAAAAUAUAUCAAUAGAAAAAAACAUAUUCAACCCUUUCGCGCACUGUGUAACCUCAUAACAUGAUGAUCCGUCCACCGCAGUAACCCCUGAUAAGGUUAAACAAACGUUUCUUGUAAUUUGGACGUCACAAUCUGAAAGAAGUGAGACAUGUUCUCAACUGACUGAAGAAAGACUUUUUUUUAACCUGUGUUUCUUUCUUCUUUUUUUUUUCUUUCAAAUAUUUUAAUGGGAUGGGAAAAUCUCGUUUUGUGAUGCUGGUGUCAUGAUAAGAUAUUUAAGUUUCAUAGCAGAAGCUCCUUUUCCCACAGCAGUUAUAAAGCAAAUCACUGAAUAUGACAGUUGGUAACGAUGCAUUACUCUGCCCGAUAAACUUGCGCGGUUUAAAGGCAUCCGUGCAGUUUCAUCAAGACGCCAAACGAGUAAAAAUCAAACGUUACUUUGAAGCAGCUGCCACAAUGUUGACUCGUGACUUGCACGCGUCAGUCCUGUGAUGCGUUCAAAGACAACGCUUGUGAUCAAUCGCAGGUGAGAUCAGAAGCGCAAUCUGCUUUAGGCGCUCUGAUGAAUGACCUGGAUUGAAAACGAGCUCAGACAUGCUUUCGUUAUUUUUUUUCCAGCUGCGUAUUGUCAUUGUUUCAAUUUUAAUUGUGCAAGUCCAAAAUGUCUGGGUUUUUGUGUGUGUGUGUGAGCAUACCCUCACAAUUAAUGGUUCUUCACUGUUUGGCCACCUUCUAAUUCAGCCACGCAAUCCAAAAAACAAAAACAAAAACAAGUCGUCUUUUUCAAAUGAUGGACCGCAGUCCCCCUUCCACCUGUGCGCAUUCUCCCCAAAAUUCUGAAAUGUCUUUUUUGAAAACUUUUUCUUUCACAUCUUCUUGGUACACUCCUCCCAAGUGCUGAUCUUCAGCCUCUACAAUUUAAGUGAAGCGAAACUAUAUUUUUUUUUUUUUACAUUCAGCGUUUAAGCCAACGCUGAAACGAGUGUAACAGUGUAUCUCGUUUAACUCAUUCACUCCCAAAGACGUUUUUAAACGUCUUUUCAGACUUGGUCUAGAAUUGGCUGGUAAUAAAUGAGUUAACUGCCUGAUUAGAAAAUUGUUUUCAUGGCUUUUCACCCCCUCCCCCCCCCCCCCCCACACACACACACUAUGGACUGUUUCGCCAUGUGGUAUCCACCAACAACAGUUUGUUUGUGUUGUGACUCUCCCAGCUGUCUAAAUUCCUCGUCUGUCUCCAUUCCCCACACCGGGGGGGGGGUCUCAGUAUCCAGUAAAAUCUGUGGCUUGCCUGUCUGCAGCCCACCCUGGUUGCCUGUCCGUUCACCUGCCUGUCCCAUGAUGUGACAGGCAUGCACCAUAAACGUGGACUCCCACAACGUUGCGGAGCGACCACAUGGCGCGAGUCUCCUGGAGCGCUUAAUGCAGCUAAAGUCUCCACUGUUCACAGUAGAAUUCAAAUAGAGCAGUUCCUUUGGGGGCUCCAAAAUCCCCUUCUACAUCCCGUCUGUUUGACGCCCCCCCCUCCCAUCCCAAUACCCUUCACAAAGCGUUAGAAAUGGUUUAAUUGCCAACCUUUUAAAAUCUCAACUAUCGGCACACCUGUUGACACACUCAGUAAAAACAGUUUGAUCGAAAGUAAUCUAAAUUAGUUAUGGGUAAAAAAAAAUAAAAUGGAGCAACUACCACUUGGGUCAGCUUGGGUCAAUGUUUUGAAUUAUUCAUGUAGUCCAAGACAUUGAGUCAAAUGAAUAACCAAUGGGACGACCCAUAAAAUUGGUUUGUUUUGUACAAAAUGGCCUCCCAAAAUGGGUUGAUUUGUACAGAAUGACCCCCAAAAAUAACCCAUAAUGGUUACAGAACAACUCUCAAAAAAAUUGGGUUAUUUUUGAUACACAGGUUAAAAGUUUUUGUCCCAUAAAGAGAGUUAUCUUACCUUGCUGACACUUUGUGCUGGAAGAGAAUUCUCUUUAUUUGAAACAUGUUUGUCUAGGGGGGGAGGAGGGGGGGGGGAGACAAACUUCAAAACCUUUUUUAAAAAGAUGACAUAUUGAACAACAUAGAGCUAUUUUUGACCCAAAUCUAUUUCCAGUGCACCCUCAAAAUUGACAGAAAAAAGCCCUUCCCCAAACAUGACAAUAACAUUGAAUGAAUGAAUGAAUGAAUGAAUGAAACGCCACCCCCACAAAAAAAAGACAUUUUGAAUCAAAUGUGUAUCCCAGCCUUACCCCCCACACAAAAAAAAUAUCCAAACUGAGGCCGAGUUGCUGUACCCCUUCAAAAAAGUGCAAGCUUUUAUAGUUAUUUUUUUUUAAUUACCAACCUUUUGAGCAGCACAUCUUCAUCAUCACAAAUGUUGGCGCACCCCCUCUCUCAUAUCACAAAUAUCUGAAUAAAACUCCCUUCAAAUUUCUAUCAUAGUUGAUGCUCUCCUGCACACUCUCUGAAAAACAUAAACUGCAAACUUGUAAAGCCACACAUCACCCUCAAAAUACCGACAGAGUUGACGCCAUACUGUCUGUCCUCGCUCCGCACCCCACGUUGAAAACACAGCUGACACGGUCUUAAAAAAUGUAUCCGACUGGAAUAGAAUAAUCUGUCGGGCUCAUCUUAUGAAUGUUUUUCCCUAUCAUUUAUUAUUUUAUCGCCUAGUCUGCCAUCAGCGUGUAUUUUGAGGGUAAGCAGGAAUGCCGCACACCGCGUUUGUUUCACAGCUGCAGGCCACCCUAAAGCGAAGGCACCGCCAUUCCCAGAAAAAGGGGGGUGGGUGAGCUGUAUCCAGCUGGGCCUCAUACGUUGACUUCCUCAACCCGUUUUGCUUUUUUUGUGGUCACAUAUGUCGUCGCAGCUUAGAAAUUGGUCACGCCGUGCUCUGAUUGGUCGCCACUAGCGAGGAAUUUAGGGUGAGGCGAUCAGUCACGCCCGAAACCAAGACACAUCUUAUUUUAGAAAAGUGGAUCCUCACUUAGUUACCCGACAGCACAGUCCAAAAUUCUUUCAUGUUCUUAGAGCAGCCUUUUCACAAACAUUUGCGCCCCCUCUGACCCUAAAACAAUUCAAAGCUUUUAUUUUUGCCUUUUUUUUUUUUAAAUUGCAAACUUUUUCAUCCAUGCACCAUUUCAACAUUCGAGUGACGUUAGUGCACCCUCUGCUCCCUCCCCACCACAAAAAGGCAUUACAGAGCCUGGCUAUAUCCAACAAAAGGUAUUAUGUCCGAUCAUGCUGAUAUGACAGAAGCGUGUGGAAAAUAUAACGAAAACGGCAGUGUGCGCAAUGUAUGGAUCCGUGCUCGAGUAUCUGUUGAGGGUUGGGAUGAGUUGUUUGCAAAUGUCUUUUGAGCAUCUUAUGUUUUAUUUAUUCUUUUGGGAAGCAAAUCUGUCAUUUGAGUCUAGUGUCCACUUUCCUCCUUGCUAAUCACCCAUUUCCCCACUUUUUAAAGGGGAAGUCAAGUCAAACGUUUUCUUUAGAAUAAUAUACCCAAGGACUCAACUUUCCAACGCCACAAGACCGACUCCCGAAAAUAGCUUAGCCGUAAUUUGUCAUUACCUGAGGCCUUAGGCACUGAGAUGUUAUGUUCAGUCGACAGCAAGUGGCAAAAUGGCCGCCCCCGCAGAUGGAUCAAAAUGGGUGGAUUUUCCUGCUUGAUUCAUAUCCCACAAAUGUAAUAUUAAUCAUAAUGCCGUGCUUCGACUUGUGGGGCCGCAUAGAACAUAUUAUUGUAAAGUAACGUUUGACUUGACUUGCCUGUUAAAAGACGCAAGUGUACCCCAAUUUACAUCCCCCAUCCUAAUGUUUUGUAGCCAUAACAUUUUCAACUCAUGUAGCUGACUCGUUGCUUAAUUUAUUGGACAGCGUAUCUGUGCCGAGGUGGUGGAUUAGCGUUUAGGGGCCACGUACCUUUUUAUUAAAGUAUCAACCUGUUAUUAAUAA